AUGGAGCUUAGUGACCACACGGAAGCCACUGCGGAGGAGUCGAGCCCUGGAUGCUCUGAUGUGAAUUGCCUCAUUGAAGAAGCAGCCAAAAUGGAGAAGAUCAAGUUUCAGCACAUCGUGUCCAUCUGUGGGGUUUGCAGGCAGCCCCUAGGUGUUGUGAUGACGUUCAUGGCCAGUGGCUCCCUGGAGAAGAUGCUUUCCACUCACAGCUUUGGCUGACAGCUCAAGAUCUGCACUAUCCAUGAGACCAUCCUGGCCAUGAACUUCCUCCACAGCAUUAAACCGCCGCUGCUCCAUCUGGACCUCAAGCCAGGCAACAUCCUCCUAGACAGCUACACGCAUGUCAAGGUUUCAGACUUUGACCUGUCCAAGAGGAUGGAACAGUCGACCCAGAUGCAGUGCAUCAAGAGGUCAGCUCUGCAGGGCACCCUCAGCUAUCCCCCUGAAAUGUUCCUGGAGAGUAACAAGGAUCCAGGGCCCAAAUACGACAUGUACGGCUUCGGGAUCGUGAUCUGGGAGAUCCUCACUCAGAAGAAGCUGUACCCUGCCAUGGUGUCAGGUAAACAGACUAGGAGACAGACAUGGCUGCUUUUGCUGCUCCAGAGUCCGGUGGCCCACCGUGAGAGCGAGGCCUUGGCUGGGAAGGUGUCCUGCGCAGCGUGCCGGCCCGGGGAGGUCAGUGAGGAGAUCUGCCAGGAGCUAACAGACUCAGACUCGGGAGACUAUUUGAAGCGGGUUCUGCGACUCUCGGCGGACAGUGAGAGCCUGGUCCCUAGUGAUGAGCAGGAGUGCAUCUGUGAGAACAAGCUCACCCCCCUCCACUUCCGGGUAGCCUGGGGCCACCUGGAGCGGGUGAGGCUGCUGCUGGCUCAGGAGGUGGACGUGGACUGCCAGACAGCCCGCGGCUACACGCCCCUCCUCAUCACUGCUUAAGAUAAGCAGCUCCUGGAGCACCGCGCAGACGCCAACCUGGUGGAUGAGGACGGCUGGGCCCACUUGCACUUUGCAGCCCAGAAUGGGGACGACCGCUCUGCCCAUCUGCUCCUGGAGCAGGGGGCCUGUGUGGAUGCCCAGGAGCACGAGGGGUGGACCCCACUCCACCUGGCAGCACAGAACAACUCUGAGAAUGUGGCCCGGCUUCUGGUCUCCCAUCAGGCUGACCCCAACCUGUGAGAGGCUGAGGGCAAGACCCCUCUGCAUGUGGCCGCCUACUUUGGCCACGUCAGCCUGGUCAAGCUGCCGACAGCCCAGGGGGCGGAGUUGGAUGGUCAGCAGAGAAACCUGAGAACGCCACUGCACCUCGCAGUGGAGGGAGGCAAAGGGAGGGCCAUCCAACAUCCGUUAAAAAGUGGGGUGGCCCCUGAUGCCCUCGACCAGAGCAGCUACAGCCCACUGCACACUGCCGCUGCCAGGGGCAAGCACCUUAUCUGCAAGAUGCUGCUCAGGUAUGGGGCCAGCCUGGAGCUGCCGACCCAGCAGGGCUGGACACCCCUGCAUCUAGCAGCCUACAAGGGCCACCUGGAGAUCAUCCACCUGCUGGCUGAGAGCCAGGCCGAUGUGGGGGCUCCUGGAGGCAUGAACUGGAGCCCCCUGCACCUGGCUGCCCGCCACGGGGCAGAGGUGGUGGUGUCCACCCUCCUGAAAUGUGGGGCUGACCCCAAUGCCGCUGAGCAGUCGGGCUGGACGCCCCUUCACCUGGCGGUCCAGAGGGGGGCCUUCCUGAGCAUCAUCCACCUCCUGGAGCACUGUGUGAAUGUCCAUGCCCGCAACAAGGUGGGCUGGACCCCUGCCCACCUGGCCAUUCUCAAGGACAAUAUGGCCAUCCUCAAAGUGCGGGUCAAGGCUGGCGCCCAGCUGGACAUCCAGGAAGGGGUUGGCUGCACACCCCUGCAGCUGGUCCUCCGGAGCCAGAAGCAGGGCAUCAUCACCUUCCCAGAGGGCAGAGAGCCCUCACUGGCCAUUCUGGGCAGAGCUGAGCCAGGAGCCCAGAUGGAAGCUUAG